GUUUGAAUUCGUCAGCAAAAGAAUUGAAAAGAAUAAAAAUUGCAAGAUUAUAAAGAAAGAGCCCCACGCCGACAUUCAAUUUUUUUUUAAUUGUUUUUCCUCUUGCACUAUUUUUUCUUCAUGACUUUACCUUAUUUAGAGACAGUACUUCAUGCAUUGAAUCUUGAUACCACCCAAGGUCGCCGUACCGCAUUGACGGCGGGCGUCAUCAGUUACAGCACCUAUGUUAUCACUCGUUAUUUCAUUUAUCGACUCUAUUUGCACCCAGUGAAUCGCAUUCCUGGGCCUCCCGUAGAAUGGAUUCCUUUUACCGGUAAUAUGAGAACCAUCAUACGUGAGGAGGCCGGUGUACCGUUUACAUGGUGGACCGAGAAAUACGGUGGAAUUGUCGGCUAUCACGGUCCAUGGAACCGACCCCGCGUGCUUAUCACCGAUCCUGAAAUAUUAAAAGAGGUCCUAACUACCCGUCACUAUGACUUUAUCAAGUCGCCCGAUACCAGCGAAUUUCUUAUCCGUUUCCUGGGUAAAGGCAUUCUCGUGGCCGAAGGAGAGACGCACCGUCAUCAACGGAAAAUGCUGAACCCGGCGUUUGGUGUGCAAACCCUCCGUGACAUGGUGCCCUUGAUGAGCGUACCAGCAGGUCAAUUACGUGCACAGUGGUUCAACGAAUUGCGUCCGAAUGAAUGGACCGAGAUCGACAUUUCUACCGGUCUUUCACUGGCGACCUUGGAUGUCAUUGGUAUUGCCGGGUUUGGCGAACAGUUCCGCUGUGUGCAGAAUGCAGGCACUCCAAGAGCCAAUCGUUUAGCAGACGCUUAUAUGGGAAUAUUUUCCAACGACUUCUCCAGUAUGCGUGUGCUUACUUUCUUCUUCCCUUUCUUACGGCAUUUGCCUACGCCUCACAAUCUCCAAGUCAAACGUUAUCUGCAGUGGCUGCAGGAAGACAGUCGACAAUUGGUGGAACGUGGCAUUGAACAGUACAAGAAGGAUCCAGAAAAUAUGCCCAACCAUUUAUUAGGUCUCAUGUUGCGUGAGGUGGACGAGACAACGGGACAACACAUGUCGGUUGAAGAAUUGCAGAAUCAGUGCCUCACCUUCCUCGCUGCUGGUCAUGAAACCACCAGUGUGGCGUUGUCUUGGUGCCUUUGGUUAUUGGCGCAACAUCAGGAUAUUCAAGAUGAACUGAGAGCUGAAGUCAGGACGGUGUUUGAUGACACCAACAUGGAGCACCCCAUGUUUACUGACCCGCUGCAUCAUUCAACCGACUUCCGCGCCGAGGAUGCCAAGCUUCCAAGUUAUGAGGCCAUUAAUCAACUCAAAUUACUGAAUAACGUUUGCAAGGAAACCAUGCGUUUGAUUCCUCCCGUUCCUACCACCAGCCGAAUGGCCACCAAAGACAUGGUCCUAGGUGCGCACGUUAUACCCAAAGGCACGUUUCUCGUGAUAAGCCCAAUGGUGACUCAUCAUCUGAAGAGUAUUUGGGGCGAAGAUGCCUACGAAUUCCGUCCAUCUCGCUGGGACGAACCGGCGGCGGCCAGUGUCAGUCCAUAUACGUAUAUGCCUUUCUACGCUGGAGGACGUCAGUGUAUCGGUCACCGAUUCGCCACCAUGGAGAUGAAAAUUCUACUGGCCUUCCUUAUCCGGGACAUGCGAUACACGGAAAUUCCAGGCAUGCAAUUCAAAAAGAAGCAGCAACUCACCCUUCGUCCGGUUCCGUCCAUGCAAUUGCGAGUAUCCAAAGUUUAAAGUUCUUCAUUGUUACUAUAUUCUGUUUGUACUGUAUACUGUGUAUCAUAAAUCUUACCUUAUGCCCGUCAAUCUUCCUUUUUGAUGGCUCUCAUGCACAUAUAAUUGCAUUGUUGUCUGUCAUGCGGAGUUAUACAACUAAUGUUUUCUACGC